CACAGCUCCACCAUGCUUUCCUGAAUGUUGUUUCUAGUACGCAUGUGGGAUGUUUGAUGGAUUUGACUUUAUUUUAUCUCGCCAUUGGGCUUCAUGGCAUCUAAAAUGACUUUAUGACACAGGUCAGUGACUAGUGUGUUAGUGUAGCAUAGAGGAUUGUUGGAUCAACGCGUAAUUUGGCCCACAGAAGUGUAAAUAUUGUCGGGUAUCAACAUUAAGAAUAUGGCGACGCAGACAAACAGUUGUGGUGGCAGUGGUAACAUUACGAUUGAAAAGACAGGGACGUCAUCGUGGGCUGGCAUUGUUGGUGGGAGUAAAAAUGAGGGUGUUGGAGAUAAUGGCAAGUUAUGUGGAGGGGAGAAGCAAGUGAAUAGUGAGUGUAACGAGGCAGCAGCUGGUGAGGCUACAUCAACUGUCACUGGUGCUACUGUUAUUACCACCACUGGUGGCACUGUCACUGGCACCCCUGGUGCCACCCUCGACGACCUUGACCCUGAAGAACUGGCACAGUUCACUGAAAUCCGCACCAAGAAGGACCGCUUCAAGAAGAGGGAGAGCAGCCGGGGCUGGAGGAGAGAGAAGCGGGGGGGACGUAGGGAAUAUAUAGACUGGGACCCUAGACAUGCAGAGAGGAGUGACGGGGGUGCCACCAGGGGCAGGGGAAAGCGACCCCUCAGAGACGCUACCCCGAAGUUGAUGAACGGCCCCGUCGAGGCGGACGAGGAGGUUGUGGAAGAGGUGGAGCCUAGCCCUGAACUAGUGACUGAAGAGGAGAAGGUGCAAUAUGUUCCAGCUCCUGCGCCGAGCGUGAACAUUUGGGAGAAGCGUCAGAGCGGCCCCGUACCUGUUGGCGUUCCCGAGGCUUCGGAUCCACCUGUAUAUGAAGUAGCUAAGUGUGUGAGGGAGUCAAGAACACCAAUAGUGACAAUCUCAGCACCAGCAACACCAGCAGCAGUUGUAGCAGAACCCACAGUAGUGAGUGUACCGGUUGUGGCAGCCACGGUUGUAGUUGCUGCAGUGGUGACAGAAGACACCCCAGCUGUACUGUGUCAACCUACCACUCCUCCAGUUGAACCCAUGCCUAUUAACUCUAUAGAUAUCAGCAUAGUCGCCAGUGACCCCACCCCAGCAGAGGCACUUCAACAACCCAACCUCAUUCGUGUCACCACCACUGACAGAAACAAGGCAAAUUUAAAGGCUAAUGGCAUCAAUGAUGUAGCAGACUGGCCAACUCUGGUUGAAGUACAGCAAGCACAGGAAGCUAUUCAUUUAUUGCAGACAUCAAAGUCGGAAUGGAGAAAAAGCGAAGAGAGAAAAUUAAAAGAGGGUGAGAAGGAGGAUGGGCUAAAAGAAAUUGAGAAGUGCGAGGACUCUGGCUCUCAUGACGAUGACUCACUCAAAGAGAAUCGUGAGGCUUCAAGCACACAGACCAUCAAUAACAAGACACAGCAGCACACACACAAUGCACCUUCAAAGGCAGCGAAAAAUAAGAAGAAUAAAAUUAAAAAGCAGAACUGGAAGAGAUUAGACAUCCCACCUCCGAAGAGAGAAAAGGGAUUUAGACGACCCGAGGGGCGGGGAUCUGACUCGAUUGACUGGAGAGCAGAUGCACGGUCGACAUACAGUGCCUUGAGAGGACGGGGUGGCUUUCGUGGCAUUUCCCUCAGAGGAAGAGGAAGAGGAAGAGGAGGUCGAGGGAGUGGUAUAGGAGGGGGUGGGCAAGGUGGCAUGAGAGGAGGGUUUAGAAGUCCCUCUGCUGAGCACUUCGAGAACUUCUCUGAAUAUUCUGAGAUUCCAGAUUAUGUGCUGCAGGAUCCAAAUUUGAUGCAGUUCUUUGUUCCAUCUGUGGGGUUCAUAUUCCCAGAGUUUGUUCCCCAGGACGAACUUGCUGUGAAAGAUAAGAUAAAGAAGCAAGUAGAGUACUAUUUUAGUGAUGACAACUUGGCCAAUGACAUCUUCAUGAGAAGGAAGAUGUCCAAAGAUGGCUAUAUUCCAGUGUCCCUCAUUGCCUCGUUUAAUCGUAUGAAGCAGCUCACACAAGAUGUCAAGCUAAUUGUUGAUGUUUGCAAGACCUCAGAAAAACUUGAAGUUAAAGAUGAAGUUUGGUUGCGGACUAAACAUGACCCAACGAAAUGGCCUUUAGAGGAUGCUGCUGCUGGGGCUCUGCAAGCUCUAUUAGUGAAGGUUUCUCCAGGCAUAACUAAUGUCAACACUUGUCCUGCCACACCCAGCCCAGUGCAAGAUUCAUCAGUUGAAGAUGCUCCACCAAGUGCCCCAUCUCCACCAGCUGGCAUGAACCCAGAAGUGGCAGAGUUCACCCCGCAUCAUGCCGAGCUGGACCCAGCUCAACCAGAAUUCAUUCCAUCAGAGUCACAAGUUGUCGAUGCCACUCCUAAAAAAGCCAGGAAAAAUCCAGGACAAGAGGAUAAAAGCAGUUCCAGUGAGAAGAAUGAUGAAUGGAAGGAGGUGAAACGUAAAGGGCGUUUAAGAAGAGACAAUGAAAGCAAAGAGAAAGAUCAGAAACAUCCACAGGACACUUUAACAUGCAAGUUGAAUGUUGAUAAGAAAAGUCGAGACGUGUCUCGAGGAUCUCAGGGCUUCAGCAAAGAUACCAGAGAAGAACUUGAUUUCCAGUUUGAUGAGGAGCUUGAGGUGUUGCCAAAGACUGGGCGACAGCAUGAUUUUAGUGAAUGGUCAGAUGAUGAGAGUGACUAUGAGAUUAGUGACCAAGAUGUAAAUAAACUGUUGAUAGUGACACAGUCUCCACCAUCUACAUCUGUUGGAGCUCCAGGAUCAUCGAGUAGUUCAUCUUCUGUUACCAGACCUCCCAAGCAUGGUGGAUUUGACCGGACGGGUGAAUGGACAUCUCGUACUAAAAUGACACAAGAAUUGGCCAAAGUUAUUAAUGAUGGACUUUACUAUUAUGAGCAAGAUUUGUGGGAAGAUAGUGAAUGGUUCCCACAAUCAACGGACAGGAAGAAAGCCGCCGUGACGCAGCAGGUUACGAUGAUAAGUCAAGAGGUGAUGGAGACCCUGCAACCCAACAACCCACCUGUCCCAGUUAACCAAGAGGUCCCUCCCCCUCCCCCUCCCCUACACCUCCUCCAGGGUGCAGAGGAUCCUUUCGAAGAUAAAGUAUCACCAACACCAAAAACACCAAGAUCACGUAAAGCUGCACGUUUCUUCCCAGUGGUUAAAGAUAAAGCAAAUGUAGACCAGCGAACACCACGCAAAAAGAAGACUCGCCAUUCCCACAAUCCCCCAGUGGAGAGUCAUGUUGGGUGGGUGAUGGAUUCCAUAGAACACAAGCCACGCACAAAUUCUAUAGGUGACUUGAAUGCUAGUCCAAAUGAGAACCAGUUGUCAAGUAGUUUUGGCAGCAGUUAUGGAUCCUAUGGGUCUUUACCAGGCUCGUUACCUACUUUCCAACACCCAUCACAUUCGCUUCUCAAGGAAAACGGCUUCACGCAACAAGUCUACCAUAAAUACCGUGCAAGAUGUUUAAAAGAACGCAAGAGACUAGGCAUUGGGCAGAGUGCCGAGAUGAACACCUUAUAUCGCUUCUGGUCAUUCUUCCUCCGAGAACACUUUAACCGGAAGAUGUAUGAAGAAUUCAGAAGAUUAGCCAAUGAAGAUGCCAAAGUUGGAUACAGGUAUGGCUUGGAGUGCCUCUUCAGAUUCUACAGUUAUGGACUGGAGAAGCAUUUCCGGGAUGAAAUAUACAGCGACUUCCAAGAGGAGACAUUACGAGAUGUUGAUUAUGGUCAGCUGUAUGGAUUGGAAAAAUUCUGGGCAUUUAUGAAGUAUUAUAAAAAUAGUGGAAAUCUUGCAGUGCAAGAUAAGCUUAAAGAGCGGCUUGCAAAGUAUAAAAGUAUCGAAGAUUUCAGAGUGGAAAUGCCCGAAGAAUAUGAUGCAGCUCGAGAAGCCAGAAAAGCUCGGAUACGCACCAGAUCGGAGAAUGAGGGCACUAUGGUAGUCGGAAAUGAGGGUUACCGCAAGUAUAGUUACAGCAGCGAAGGGGCUAAGCGACGUCAGCGUCGUGCCUCAGAAGGUGAUGGUGCCCCAAGCCAAAUAGAUUAUCAUCCGCACUAUCAUACCAGAGUACGGAAUAGCUCUGGAGAAUAUCUCCAAGCAAAGAGCAGUGGAUCAAGGAGCAGGCACUCAAGUGGACAGAUGCAGUGGCUACGAGCAGACAGUAUUGGAAAUUACAGGAAACCAAGACCUGUACAGUACAAGGUGAUCCCAGCUACAUCUACAGCAAAGACCCAACAAGCACAAUCCCAACAAAAGACCACAGAAAACAACAAAGGUUCCAGCCAAGCAAAGACUAGAUCAGAAGCUCAGAAACAAGAAACCUUAGAAAACAGUAAAGGCACCAGUCAAACAAAGACCAAGUCAGAACCUAAAAAACUGGAGAUUGCAGCAAAAUCACAAUUCUCCAAACCAGUAAUAUCUAAAAUCAGCAAGGUAAAUCAUAACAUAAAGUCUGAAACAGUUAAAUCAGACAGUAUAUCAAAAUCUCUCUCAGAUAUGACAAAGUCAGCAGGGACUGCUGUUGUCCCAAAAAUAAUUCCCAAAACGGCUCCAGUUCCUGUUCCCCAAUCACCAACAACAUCUAGUUAGGAUUUGAUGGAUAAAUUUUUUUUUAUUAUUAUUAUUUAGAGAUGAUGAGCUGCCUCAGGUUCCAGUGUAAAGGAGUGUGUGUAAAGUGCAUAUAUGUUAAGGCUCAUUAUGACAAAAAAGUGAGAUAUUGUAUGAUAGGAACUUGAUAAUAUGAUUGUGUGAGAAGGGUUGAUAUUUGUUAGCUGUUUGACUAGUUUAUUGGCUUUACCUUUACCAUAAUAUUUCACAAACUUUAAGUAAAUGUUUAUUUUUUUAAUGGCUCAAGUGAAAAAUUUCCUUAAACUAUAAUCCCCAUUUAAUGAUGCCAACUGUUUUCCUAAAUGUUGAAUGAUUCUGUUGUGUACUUGAGGUUCUGCUCAGUCUUAUCAAACUUAAUAGUAAAGACUGUUAAUUUUUCUCUUUCAAAGAGGGAAGUGUUAACAUGUUAGACUAAGAAAAGAUGAAGUAUAUAUAGAGAUAUAUAUAUAUUUGUAAAUAUUGGAUUGUUUACUCAUUAAUCAGUAUUGAUUAUUGCCCCCAGAUAUUUAAGACAAAUUAACUGGCUAAGUUAUGCAUCAGAGUUCUUUGGUAAUGUGUAUGUAUAUAUAUUUAUAUAUGUAUAUAUAUAUGUAUAUAUAUAAAAUACACACAUUCUUAUUAAUAGUUGCUGCUAUUCACUACCAGAUGUGCAGCUCAACAAUACAUCAGGUAACAGUCCAGCAAAAUAGGAGUUUUAGAGAAAGUACUAUGUAGGAAUCUGAAGAAUGCUGUAUAAAGCUGAAAGUUGAUUAGGUAAACUAGGCAAGAAGUACCCUUGACUUUCAGUAUUAGUGGUAAACAUUCUUCUGUGGUUGAUCACAUAUUCACAGCAGGGAUAUAGAAAAUUUCAGCUGGCACCACUAUAUAUUCAGCUAUUUAAUGCCUUCAUGUUCCCUUAAAAUAGUUAAAAUGGCAUCUUGAAGAUAUUUUAAGAUGAUGAAUUUGACUGUUAUAUGGGCAGUUUCUUUGCUGGGAAGUUGGAUAAUUUGACUUGAUCAGCAGUUUGUGUUGUAAUUAGUACCUCAGCAAAGCUCAGUUUCCUGUUCACUUUAUAAUAAAAAAUAAGCCUUAUUGAAGUACUUAAGAGGAACACAAUUCCUGAUCCUGUCCAAAACACCGUGGGUUUGGCUACAUAGCUUUGUAUCUCCCACGUACUAAUGCAUUGUCCAAGAGUAAUGCAAUAGUGUAUUUAACUAGAUUUGAGAUAAUGUAACAAGAUGUAAUGAAGGUAGGUGCUCACUUUUCAACAGAUAUUACCACUAGUAACAUUUGUAAGGUAGGGAAUGUUUUCCAUCAUGUUCGGAGAGGUUAAUUACUUCCUAGGUUUAUUUUUCUAAUAUUUGUAGACACGUGUCUAUUUGGCGAAUUUUCUAAUAUAUUUCAUUUGGCUUUGUCUGCAGUGGUUCUUCAUGAUACAUAAUGCUUCUCAUACCAUACUUGUUAUUUUGGCAGUGGUCUCUUGUGUGGAAGUGGCCAAAAUAAGUUUUCCUUCCAGUUGUACAUAGUUGUUUGGUAAUUAUCUGUCAGGUAGCAAUGAGGUUGCUAUGCAAUCUACAGUUAAGAAAUGCUUUUGGCAGGGUGGGGGGGGAAAGGGGACGAGGGCUUAUGUGAGACGAGGAUGCACCAUUUUAGGGGAUGUGCCAGGUGUAUAUACUACAUCAGUGUGGUAAUGUGAUAUUCUCCAAACGGUGCCACAACUUAUUUAAUAUUUCACAAGCUAAUGUGUGAAAAUUACUUGAAAUGCACUAAGAAUUUUUUUUUUUUAAUUAGUUUUCCAUAAAGAUAAUUCAAAUUAAUUUGUUUAAAACUAAUGUAAUUGCAAUGUUUAUAAUGUGCAUGAUGUUUUUUCAGUCAGUUUUAACUAAGUAAAAUGGUGUAGCUUCUUGUCACUUCUGUUGGCUAAUUUUAAUAUAUGGUUGCAUUUAAUAUACGAUGUCUAUUGUUUUGAUUGGCCCACAAAAAGUACAAAAAGUGUUUCAAUUCAAUUACUUUACACCAAUAUAAAUCCCAGUUUUUUGUGUGUUUGUGUGUCGUUAAAUGCAUUACAUUAUUUCUUCAUUGUAAUAUAUAAACGCUCAUGUAUUGUAAGGUUUAGGGAUAGCAUUUUGUUACAUUUUUGGGUCAUUGUGUUUUCUCAUUGGAAUCAUGCCAAGUCGAGUGUAGAAUAUUUGCUAUGAUCACCUUUCCUGUUCCAUAGCUUACUGCUGUAACCUAAGUCAAUUAUAAGGUUAGAAAAGAAAUAAAAAUUAAAAAAAAAUCA